CUGCCUGAUCGAGCAAGAACCGCGCCCUUGAGGCCCCUCGAGCCUUUCUUGACGCACGCUGGCCGCCUUCCAGGCCUUCCGGUGAUGGCUCGGGGAUCAGAGCAAUGCCAUCAUCAGUCUUCGACACGGCCUCUUGGGUUGGACACGGUGACUUUUUCACUGGCUGCUCGACAGCGUUUUAUAGGGGAAAACACCGUCUGACUUUGGGACCCAGGCCCUCCGCUCCCCCCUGGUCGUAUACAAUGUCCCUCAACCCCGUGGGAUUCUGACUAAUUUCGUGGGCCGUGGGCGCAGGGCGUGUUUAAAGCAGCAAUCCAUCAGACGGGCGGUUGGUAUUACAAGUUGCUUCUCGCUGUUUGGGACCUGCCUCUCGAGAGACUCCACGCCUCGACUGUCGACAGCUGCCCACCUGACGGUGUUGUGGACACGGUCAAAUUCUGCAAGAGAGGGAACAGAGACACAGGGAGGAGACAUCCUAGAGACCUGUGAUAACAGAUCAACGGGGGGGCAACCAUUCGAGCCUUGAUAUCCUGAUCAGAGCAAAACCGAAGAGAUAGCCACAGCCCCUAGGCACAUCUGCCCUUUUCCUCCGUCGGGAAAUUUCGACACGGCCUUACCGUCGCUUGGGCCAGAGGACAAAUCCACACCGAGCACACACCCCGUGGUUGACCGUGGUAGUUUACGCGGUCGUUGGUCACUGGGAUACAACCCCAGCCUGUCUCCUAGCACUACCUCAGCCUUUCCCAAGCAGCCGAUUUCUGUCAGGUUCAGUAAUCACCCUCGGCGGAAUCAGUGAUCUGGAAUCAAAGGCCAUGUCCGUCGCAAUGCAAACAUUCAGAACAGCACCCGUUGGCGACCGCACAUAUUCAUCCCUUCAGUCACUGCUGGAAGACCCCACCCAGUUCUUCAUGUCGUCCAACUCGAUCCAGCGUCCGGUGGGUGGAGAUCUGGAUAUCUUGUCGGCCUCCCGCUACCCCCAGGGACUCAUGCAGCCUUACGAGGACAUGGAGCAACCACCGAAUCCUCGCAAGCGAAAGGCAACAGCCUCGUCCAACCACUUGUACGGGGGCAUUGUCUUAGCUACCGCCCCCAGUGAUGGUAACCACUCAUCCUCGGGGGAACAGGAACAAGUAUCGACUCAAAAGAAAUCAAAGUCGACAAAGCGUUCAUCUACAACCGAUGGAGACGACCAAGCAAGCGAAAAGAAGCAGAGGGGCCGACCUAGACUUGACACCCACGACGAAACGGCGGCCGAUCGUCGACGGACGCAGAUUCGGCUGGCACAAAGAGCGUACCGGCAUCGAAAGGAAACCACCAUCUCGGCGCUGAAGCAAAAGGUCAACGACCUCCAAACCACCAUUGAGCACAUGAACAAGACCUUUCUGACUUUGCACGACAACAUGGUCGAUGCCGGGAUCUUGACCUCGCACUAUUCCCUGGGUCGCCAGCUGCAAGCCGCCACGGAGGAAUUUGUUGCCCUGUCCAAGAUAGCGUCACCUGAAUCCGACGAGGAAGAGGAGGCCAUUGCCAAAAUCACCAAAGGCAGCGACGGGAAGCCCGCCUCCGAACCAGGUGAGAGCAACAGGAGAUCUAGUGCUCAGUCGGGCGCAAAGACCUCGUCACGGCCAGGAGCGACCAAGACUAAUGCACGCCGCGCGGUUAGUUUCGACCAGAGCUCUACCGACGCGGAAGCAGAUGUGGAAGAAUUGCCCGUGACAGGGGGAGACGACCACUCGUUGGUUGCGCUCUCGGAAACCGCGUGGGCAACGGACAAUUCUAACCUCCACGGCCUGAAUGAUCUUAUGUCCUUCAACGCCACCGUCCCCGACGUCGUCCUGUUCGACGACCCCAACGAGAAACUCGUCGUUGAACGCCCUCUCAAGCCUGCCCACCAGCCCGAGGGCUCGUACACUUAUAGCUUCCAGGAAACGACGUUCGCCCGCCGCCUCCACCGAAUGUGUCUAGAGCGGGCCUUCCGCAAUCUGACCAACCCGAACGUCGACCCGGAAUACAUCAAGCGGGCCUUCCGCUUCACGUUCUGCUUCUCCAACCGCAAGCGGAUGCUGCAACGCUUCCAAGAGAUGCUCAAGCGGAAAGCCGGCGAGUCGCUCGAGAACUGGAACGUCCCGUUCUUCCACAUCGGCGGCGCGGGCACGCAUUUCCCCCGCCGUGACGAGGAAGGUAACCCGGUCUACCCGCCGAACAUGAUCAGUCCCGCCAAAGCGUUCGGGCCCCAGCCCUACGUCCAGGUCGAGACUCCGCGGAUGGAGACGUCGGUGCAGGAAAUGCUCGAGAACAUCGGCUUCGGCGGGGUGUGGUUCGACAGCCACGACGUCGAGGAGUAUCUCAAGACCAAGGGCAUCUACCUCGACGGCCAGAGCAGCUUUAUCGAGGUGGACCCCAGCGUCCUGCCACUCGUCAAAGCGUCUCUCUCCUCCAGCGACGGGACUUCGAGCUCAGACCGGAGCCCACUCGACGCGACCCUACGCACUCCAAGCCCCAUUUUGGGCGCCGAGGGCCUGGCAGAUCCCAUCACCGACCCGUUCAUCGCCCGCGAGCUGGGCGACAUGUUUGCCCGACCGAGCACCUUAUUCCCGCCGUUGUCAUCCUCCACCGCCACCUCAAUUAACAACAGUAAUAACAAUACCGGCUCCGCUUCCCAGAGCAAUGCAAAGCUGCUCGAUGACCCGUGGGCCGAGUUCGCGGUACUCACUUCCACCUCGUCUCCACCCACCUUCUCCGAUCUCCUAAGCAGGAGGCCGAACCCGCUCACGUUUGACGUGGAGAUGUUCCUCGAGCGCAUGAUCCACGGGAGUGCCUGCCUGGGCCGAGCCCCGGGUUUCAGAAAGGAGACGAUUGACGAGGCUCUCAUGAUGAGUCUGCAGGAGGGGUUUUGAGGGUCCGCCACCCACCUUUGAUGGAAAUGAGAAACACGCUCGAGGGAGCAAAAUAGUAUCGCAUGUCCGGGCGCGUGGUCCCCCGUUGGGGAGAUAAUGUAUAUAACUCGAAGACGACUUCGUCAUCACUUCACUCAAAAAAUACCUAGUAGUUAAUGUGAGUAUCGUAUGCCGAUGAUGAAAUCUCCGUUUGAGGGACAUGAAACAGUUGAUGAUCC